CCGAAGCUGGUGGCGCCGAGGCUCUGAGGAGGCUGCGGGGCGCGCCACACCCCGGCGGCCAGGCGGUGGCAAAAAUGCCGACCUCUGUUGCGCGGCCCCGCCCGUGCCCGGGGCCGUCCCCGGCCUCGCCGUUACCGCUGCUGCUGUUGCUGCUGCUGCUGGAGGUGCUAAGCGGCCCGGUGUGUGGCCGCGUCUCGCCUUCGGUGCCCAGGAUCUCGCUUCCUAUCUCCGAGGCUGACUCCUAUCUCACCCGGUUCACCAUCCCUCAGACAUACAAUUACUCCAUUCUCCUUGUGGAUCCUGCUUCCCAUAUGCUUUAUGUCGGCGCCCGGGACACCAUCUUCGCUUUAUCCUUGCCCUUUUCAGGGGAGAGACCUCGCAGGAUUGACUGGAUGGUGCCUGAGGCCCACAGACAGAACUGUAGGAAGAAAGGCAAGAAGGAGGAAGAAUGUCACAAUUUUGUCCAGAUUCUCGCCAUUGCCAAUGCCUCUCACCUCCUCAUUUGUGGCACCUUCGCUUUUGAUCCGAAGUGCGGGGUUAUUGAUGUGUCCAGUUUCCAGCAGGUUGAAAGACCUGAGAGUGGCCGGGGGAAAUGUCCUUUUGAGCCAGCUCAGCGGUCAGCAGCUGUAAUGGCUGGGGGCGUCCUCUACGUUGCCACUGUGAAAAACUACCUGGGGACGGAGCCGAUUAUCUCCCGGGCUGUGGGUCGUGCUGAGGACUGGAUUCGGACAGAGACCUUGCCAUCCUGGCUUAACGCCCCAGCCUUUGUUGCAGCAGUGGCCUUGAGCCCAGCCGAGUGGGGGGAUGAAGACGGAGACGAUGAAAUCUACUUCUUCUUUACGGAGAUUUCCCGAGCUUUUGAUUCAUACGAACGCGUUAAGGUCCCGAGGGUGGCCCGUGUGUGUGCGGGGGACCUUGGGGGCCGGAAGACCCUCCAGCAGAGGUGGACGACCUUUCUGAAGGCUGACCUGCUGUGUCCAGGGCCUGAGCAUGGCCGGGCCUCCAGUGUCCUGCAGGACAUGGUCAUUCUUCGACCUGAGCAUGGAUCGGGGACGCCCAUCUUUUAUGGCAUCUUUUCCUCCCAGUGGGAAGGGGCUGCCAUCUCUGCUGUCUGUUCCUUCCUACCACAAGACAUUCGGACAGUGCUGAAUGGUCCCUUCAGAGAGCUUAAACAUGACUGCAACAGGGGACUGCCUGUCAUGGACAAUGAUGUACCCCAGCCCAGACCUGGAGAGUGCAUCACCAACAACAUGAAGCUCCAACAGUUUGGCUCGUCGCUCUUCCUGCCUGACCGUGUGCUCACCUUCAUCCGGGACCACCCACUCAUGGACAGGCCAGUGUUUCCAGCUGAUGGCCACCCCCUGCUGGUCACUACAGAUACAGCCUACCUCAGAGUCGUAGCCCACAGGGUGCCCAGCCUCUCAGGGAAAGAGUAUGAUGUGCUCUAUCUGGGGACAGAGGAUGGACACCUCCACCGAGCAGUGCAAAUUGGAGCCCAGCUCAGUGUUCUUGAGGAUCUGGCCUUAUUCCCAGAGCCACAGCCAGUUGAGAAUAUGAAAUUGUAUCAAAGCUGGCUCCUGGUUGGCUCCCGUACUGAGGUGACACAAGUGAACACAACCAACUGUGGACGUCUACAGAGCUGCUCAGAGUGCGUUCUGGCCCGAGACCCUGUCUGUGCCUGGAGCGUUCGGCUAGCUGCGUGUGUGGCCCACACUGGAGAGCAUGAAGGGCUGGUUCAAGACAUAGAGUCAGCGGAUGUCUCUUCUUUGUGUCCUAAAGAGCCUGGAGAACACCCAGUGGUGUUUGAAGUUCCUGUGGCUACAGCUGCACAUGUGGUCUUGCCAUGUUCCCCGAGCUCAGCCUGGGCAUCCUGUGUGUGGCACCAGCCCAGCGGAGUGACUGCACUCACCCCCCGGCGGGAUGGGCUAGAAGUGGUGAUAUCCCCAGGGGCCAUGGGUGCUUAUGCCUGUGAAUGUCAGGAAGGUGGGGCAGCUCGUGUGGUAGCUGCUUACAGCUUGGUAUGGGGCAGCCAGCGGGGCGCUCCAAGCCGGGCUCACAUAGUGGGGGCUGGACUGGCAGGCUUCUUCCUGGGAGUUUUUGCAGCAUCCCUGACUCUCCUCCUGAUUGGUCGGCGUCAGCAGCGACAACGACAGAGGGAACUUUUGGCUAGAGACAAGGUGGGCUUGGACCUGGGGGUCCUACCAUCUGGGACCACAAGCUACAGCCAGGACCCUCCCUCUCCCUCUCCUGAAGAUGAGCGGCUGCCCCUGGCCCUGGCCAAGAGGAGCAGUGGCUUUGGUGGCUUCCCUUCACCCUUUCUGCUUGAUCCUUGCCCGAGCCCAGCCCACAUUCGGUUAACUGGGGCUCCUCUAGCCACGUGUGAUGAAACAUCCAUCUAG